GAGACAUUGACUUUGUGGCCAGCUCAGCGGAGGGAAGUGGCAUUCGAAGCCGUAGAGCAGUCCACGCAUAACACGCGAGUGACACUUCGCUGUCGCCUUCACUUUAAAAAACCCACUACACCAUAAAACAUAGAAUCAACCUACCCGCCUUAGAAGUUAUUGCACACAUGAUCGAUCGUUAUACAACACCCGCUUUGCGUUUCAUGUAUUGAUAGAAAACACACCCGCACAAGUAUUCUUUUCUUCGUCGUCGUCAUGAUGCCUUUCCUUGAACUGAGCUCGUCCAAUACGGUGUGUUGGAGACCAGGCAAACUUGGUUACGUCGAUGUCGUGGCCCCGCUUUUGCUGACGGAGGCCACGCAGCCGGCUCCCGCAAUGGACGGCAUCGCGACGCCCAUUGCGUUGGCGUGCAUCAAGCAGCCCAAGCAAGAACUCACUCUGUGGCUCAGCUGGAAGGGCCACCGCGACUUUCAGAAGGCCCCUAAAGCGUUUCACAGCGUGCUGCAUGUGUGCACCGAGGGCGCCGUACUUGGUUUCUUUUACACCCAACACAGCGGCGGAGACUUGGCGUUUGCGCUGAUCGAGCAUGCAAAAGGCGAUGUGGAGAAACUUCUCGGAAGCCCUCGGAAUUACGCGGUGGAGGUGGAGGCGCUAAUUAAUGAUAUUGCACCGGAGGAAGAGCGAAAGAUGCGAAGACAACGCGCCAAGAAGGGUGCCUGCUUUGUGGUGCAUCAGGCCACGUUGCGCCACACCACACGCGGCUUCGUUGUCGCCGCUGUCAUUUCAGUAGACGGGGGCGACCUCUACGGAAUUGUAGGCGACCUUGAGGCGAACGUUUGGCGCAAAUCGAAGCUGCGUACCGGCAUGGCGGAUGCCGGGUCCACGUUUUGUGUCUUCAUCUCAGCCACUGGUGCAGAGGUGCGCUUUGUGCGGUGCGACGUCGAGGCACCCGCCGACCCUUACGCCGCGACUGUUGCGCCGAAUGUUUCUCUCGCGCUCUCCGCCUUUGAGCGCGUCUCCACAGCAGAUGCGGUCGCUGCUGCGGAUGGCAGCGGUGGUGCUGCCUUUCCUGCGGCCUCGCCCUCCCCGCCACGCGUCGUAUGCGCCGUUGUGCACGAGAGCAUUUUUCCCACUCGCGCCAGCAAGCCCGUGACGGUGCGCUGCUAUCAAAGCCACGCUUUUCCGCGUACCGCAGGCGAGGAAGUCACGCCUUACCGCUGCCUCAGUGUGGUGGAGGACAAGUCGGUGCCGGUGUACACCAUUGUCGUCGUCGGCCAGGUGUCGAGCUACGUCGUCCACGCGUCGUACGCGCGUGGUGGUGGUGGUCGGUUGGUUUCCUCCGCCAACGUCGUACCAGAGUUACAGCACCCCAUUAGUGUGUGCAGUCUGCGAGUUCCCACUCACCCUCUGCGCCGCGCUGGGACGACGCUGUCGCUGCUUCUCUGUCGCGACAUGAAGCUGUACGCGUGCGAGCACUUUGGGAAGCCCGCGGCGGUGGCGCUCCGCAUCAACAACCUCCUCUCCACCGUCGUGACGUUUCCGUUCCCGCCGCAGUUACGGCCGUCGAAGAGGCAGGCGGCCUUCGCCAGCGCGUUGGACGCUGCGACGGACGCCGCUCGUCUCAUCGCCGUGCGUGGCGGUACGGAAGUGAUGUGCACGAACGGCGUUGUCGGUGUCUUCUUCCACGUGUCUACGGCAUCGCUGGCGCCCACCGCACCUGCCGUGACCAAGGACAUGAUAGCGGCCGAUGCCACCGAUCCCUUUGCCUCCGAAAAUGGAGUUGGCGGGGAAGACGGCGGCGAUGGCGCGGCUGCCCUGCGGCAGUGCCUCGCAAAGCUGAAGGAACUGUCGUUGCGCACUACCCGCCACGACAUGCCAGACGUCGUCUUUCGUGAGGUCGUACCUUUUCUCCGCGACGUCGGCACUGCGCAGCAGGAGGUGAUGCUGGUGCAGCGCGUCUACGAGGAGCUGCUGCGCAUGACGGAACCAAACUUGCAGUCGGAGUGGAACUACCUGUGGUCUUUGACGUCGGUCGUGCAGGAAACCCUCGCCAGGCGCAGCAAAGAGAACGGGGUGCUCUACACUGAUGCGUUCUUCCUGCAGCUGGCGGACGCGUACCGCAACAGCGAGUUCGCCUCCCAGGAGGGGAUGAAGGUGGUGGGGGACGCCGUACGCGCCGUGGUAUCCGACGAGGCCGCGCAGGUCCUGACGGCGCAGCCCACACACCUCCCUCUUGAAGUUCAUUACGUCCUGGACGGUCUCGCGGAGGGCGUGUCGCCCAUCGACCUGGCGGAGGAGAUCGCGCGGCGCAUGGUGCACACGAGCACCCUGUCCAACGGCGCCUGUGUGGUGUCCGCGCCCCUCGGAAAGGCGGAGUGCGUCCACUGCAUGGGUUGCGUGCUGCUCGCCUCCUGUUUAGAUCUGAACGUGUUUGCGUGUGCGCAAGAGGGACGCGAGCUGCGGGUGUGUAUGCAGCCGACGGUGGCACCGGAAAAUGAGGACAAGACGGCGACGACGGCCGCACCGGGUACGACGUGUGUGGGCGUGCCGCCCUGCACAUUUCAGACGCAGGACGAGUUCGAGAAGGCCCUGACGCUGGCGGCUGAUCUCCUGUGCGUGUCCACCGCGGACGCCUCCUUCCGGCCAGAUGUGGCGCUGCUCUCCUUAGCCAUCGGCACACGCCAGCACUGCCUUACUGCUUUUGUGCAGCUCUUCGCGCCGGUGCUGCGCAGCGCCGUCGAGGAUGUGUCGCCCCUCGCCAACAACACCGCCUGGAUUGAGGCGUGCACGGUGGCGCUGUCGCGCGGCGUGGAAGAGCAGGCAACGGCGUUGCUGAUCGACGAGCGCAGCAGCGGCAGGUCUCUCUCGACGACGCUCGUGUACGUCCUCUACGCCCCGCAGCGCACGUUCAACAUUGCGUUCUUCCGCGUGCUCGCGGUGACGCUACCGGAGGAGUUCUGCACCGCGGCCCUCGUCGCCUGUGUGUUCCACCAAACCGAGCACCUCGUCGCCGCGGUGCACAACUACGCCGCGGCCGUGGCGAAGUACGUACUGGGAAAGACGGACUCUCAUCGAGAGGGCGGCUGGCAGGCCGUGCAGGUCGGCAAGAAACGUCUUCACGCUGCACUGACGCAGACCUACGCCCUCUGGGCCCACAUGGGCACGCUCUCGCCGUAUUCGGUGCGGGACGUCGCCACGAGCUAUCGCAUGUCCAUCCGCAACUCUCUCGCACCGUCUCCAGCGGCGCAGGCGGCACGGGGCACCGUCGUGUCGCGUACUCUCGUGGUGUGCUUCCGGCUACUUUGCCUGGUGCAAUUCUGCUGCGAUGCGGAAGGCGUCAUGGAGGAGGGAGCGCAGCAACAGCAGCAGGUGAUGGACGGCGUUGGGGGAGUACGCAGCGAGCGUUGCACGGAAGCGUUGCAGGCUUUGUACCUCGUGCGUGAGUCACCGUUGCCACUGGAGUGGUUUCAGCGCAGCUUUGUGUCCCUCGUUCAGCACGUGGCGGACACCGCGCCGCAGCCGACGUGGACGCCGUAUCUUGUGCGACUGCUACAGUUGUCGAACGUCCGCCAGACAGGCAACGCGCGUCUCAAGAAGGAAUUCUACAGAGUCCUUGACGCGCUGCAGGCCGCGAACGCGCCGCAGCCCAACGCGGAGGUCACCAAUGAGGCCAGCGAAGGAGCGCAGAGGGCGAUCGCCGCUGCCGAGUCCGCCGUGACGGCGCUGACGCUGCUGGAGGAGGUGUCGGGCUCCGGCCGAUCGGCCCCCUCCGCCACCACGGUGCACUUCGUAUUUUCCGCCACGCGUGACCCGUCAUUGCCGCGGUGGACAAGCCCUCACGCGGUGCCGGAGCAGCGCUACCUCUUUUCGCACGAGUGGACGGAGGUGCUCUGGACGCUGGAGCGAAUGCCGGUGUCGCUCCUCGCCGCCUGUGAACGAGUCGCAGCACGCGUUGCACAGCUCGCCGCGCCCGCCAACAACGACGACGCUGCGGCCCCAUCGCUGUCAAUGGAGAUGGCGAGUCCACUGUUUGCGCAUUUGUGUCGGCUGCGCCCACCGGUUCGGGUGCACGCCCUCCCGACGCACUCCACCGCAGCGAGCACGGCGAAUGCUGAUGUGGCUAGUGCCGUGCAGCGGCAGCCACGACCAACAUCGCCAGCAGAGACGCCAACGGCGGCAACGGCAACCACCGCAGCAGCGAACGCAAUGCCCACGGCCGCCAGCGCAGUGGUGAUGACCAGCACUGCUGCCUCGCCAACCCAUGCUGUCGCACCAGCAUUUCUAGCGCCGACAGGGAUCAACUCUCCCGUACCGCCCAGGGACCGGAUCGAGGAGGCUGCAGCGCACCCCGGCCUGUACGGCCCUGCGGAUGUCGCGUGGUGGGACUCCGUUGGAUUGCCCGCCUCCACCAGCCGCGCGUCGCCGCAUGCGCCGGGCACACUGACACCAUCGGCGGAGGUGAAAGACACGACAGCCAUCAACACUACAGCGGGUGAAGACAACGGCGAGAGCUCCGACACGGCCACCUCGUACACGACGUCCACCAGCAACUAUGCUGACCCGAUCGCGGCGCUGGACGAAUUCGGGAGGAGGCGCGGCAGACCCUGCAAGGACCGAAGAAGGACGGUGGGCAGCAACAGCAGCAGCAACGACAGCGACAGUAGCCGUGCCGAUGAGUCACGCACGCUUUGCUGCGAUCGUCGCCGCGGCGCUUCUUUGCGGUCGCCUCCACUUUCACGAUGCCACAGGAAGAAGAAAUGCCAUUGCUGCCACCGUGCAGCGUACCGCCACAACCGUCAUCAAAGCUGCAGCAGGAGAAAGGAGAAGAGCACGUCGGACGAUGAGAUGGCGUUUUCGUUGAAGUGGAAGGACUUUCCGCUGGAAACGGAGGUGGCGCCGCUGCGGCCACCACCGACACGGGCGCCUGCAACCGCACGACCGACACUGUUGUCCUUCACCACGCGUCUGCAGCCUCCCGAGGAGCCUUCGCGGUCCUUCGCGCAGACAGCCCGCACAUCUUCUCAGGGCCGGCCUCCCAUCGCCGCCUCCACCGCCGCCGCUGCAGAUGAAAGAGGUCCCCGUCAGGUCACACUGCUGCGGCUGCCCACUUCCUCUACAGCACCGCAAGGGCCAUCGCGUGUGCACCUCUACACCCUGCACGGUGAGCGCGUGGAGGCGGCGGACGGCGGUGAUGUCCGCGCGCUGCACCGGGCCGAUACGUCUCGCGGUGUCCUCCUCGGCAGCGCGGCGCCGCUCGCUGCACCGGCGGUGCCCCCCGGCAGCGUUUUUGUGGCACCUCCGGCGUUGCUGCGGCUGCCUCAGCAGGGGAGCUCCCCGCAAGGUGCCGCGUCUCCCGAAGUCACCGGCACGAUGGCACCGCCGUACCCGCAGGCCGCUCGUGUUCCUGCGGGUCCUGCGCCGCCCGCCGUCGACCUCUCAACGCUGCAGAACCCGUCUGCUCCUGUGCAACAGCAGCAGCAGCAGCGGCACUCUGAGGCCCCUCCGAUGCUCGAGGCUGCACGGCAAGGUGCACCGACACCUCUGCCCGUUCCAGUGCCUCCGCCAGCCGCACCCGCCGGCGUGCUGAAUCCCUCUCAGUUGGCGGACUUCCACCGCUACACCGACGGCCUUCUCGCCCGCCAGGCCGGGCCAGCCGUAGGGCAGACGGAAUCCGCCGCAGCAGCAACAACCCCUCUGCCGGAUGCGCCAUCGCCAGCCGACGUUCGGGUGACGACGGCGGCGGAGGAAGGACCAGCGGAUUGCCCGGGUGUAUCGCGGCUCGUUCUGCAGCAGGAGGAUUUCAUCCGCAAGGCCGAGGCGCUGAUGCAGACUCGGCAGGCAGAAAACGAGGGCUUCUACCGGCGCGUGGUGGAGAGCAUCCGCAGUCUCACCGCAGCGUCCCAGCAGCUGCGCGGGUUGACGCCGGUGGAGCAGUCGCAGCUCGUGCGCGACACCGUCAAGCAGCGCAACGAGCUGAUGGGCCUCAAUCACCAACUGCUCGAGAUUCAGCUGGCGGCGGCACGGGUGAGUGGAGAGAUGCCGACGCCACCACUGCAGACCCCUACUUCUGUUCCCACACCCGCAUCGGUUGCAGCACCGGUGGCACGGUCAAGUGUCGGCGUGUCGUGGGCUGCGCCGGCUGCCACGCCGUCGCUCACCUCCGUGCCCACCCAAACCCCGGCGGCACCGAAGAUUGGCAUGCAGGAGGCCCUGUCCGACCUGCAGCGCCUCAACACGGAGCUGAUGGGUGUCAGUGCGUCCGCGGAUGCCAUGGAUAAGGCGAUCAAGGAAACAAGGGAUGUCAUUCAGCGCUACGAACAGACGAAAACGGCAGAGGCCCUGACAGCGGAGGGGGUGGCGCUGACGGCGGCCAUGCGGAUGCGGACAGCCGCGAUUGAGCAGCGGCUGACGGAGCUGCCGCGACGAACACCGCAGCCGACUUCACAAGCGCCGUCCUCGUCGCCCGCAUCGCAUGUGUGGACGGUGCAGAGCUCCUCUGUGUUGGAUGCGGAAAGUGGCGAGACGAAACCGAGCGGACGGGGUGCUUCGACAUACGAACAGCGGCCAACUCCCACAAACGGGCUGCAGACGACCACGGCCACCACUCCCCCACCCGCUUACAAUCCGCAGUUCACCGCCAUGACGGAGACAACGGACCUCGGCGAUGGGGGGGAAGUGGCAAAUACCCCCCACCUGCCCACAGAACCACAGCCGCAACUGCCCCUUCCUGCGGCACCCGCCUUUCCCUCUGUCGCCAUAGCGAAUUCGCCAGCAACACCGCUGCCAUCGUCGUCGUCACCAUCGCCGCUACCGGCAGCUUCGCGAACGCCGCCUGCCUUCACGACCGUCUCCUCCGCUGUACUUGAAUGUCCCGCCGCUGGGCCGUCCGCCGUCAACGAAGGCGUCAACAUCGAUGCCGCGCCGCGCCGAGUCCGCACUGCACCGACGCAGCACACUGCCGCCGCUGUAUCCUAUCUCCCGCACAGGAGCGAGUCGGCGCACGCGCGGAGCCGCAACGAAGGCGAAAGGCCGCCCGCUGUCCCGCCGGCACAGGCCCGCGUGUACGCGAAGCCGUCCGAUCUGCGCUCGCUGUUUGUAGAAGCCGGCGGUGUCGCCCACGCUGGUGCGCACACCCCACCAAACGCCUCUGCACGGUUGCGCUCUGCAGCUCCAAGCUCGGUGGGUCACCCGUCUACGUGGGUGCCGAAGUCGGCCGCUGCUCAGCGCUCCACCGCCAACGCUACGGGAGUCCGGCACACACCGGCCGGUGGCCGCUACGCGAUGUACCGCACGCCGGCGCAGCAGCCGAAGCGAUCUGUUGCCCCGCCGACUGGGUUUUCUUCCUGUCUCCCGCUCUCCUACUCCCAAAGCAGCGGACACGUCGGUGGUGCCCCGCAUAUCGCGCCGGCUGUUACACAAAACCUUGCCGUGGCUGCCGGUAGAGCCUCCGUCGGUAACGCCUACACAGAUCGUCAGCGCGAUCGACGGCUGAGCAGCAUCGCACGGCGGAUACAGCAGCUAGAGCACGACUUGUUCGACUGA